UCAGUACUCUUUGCAGACACGCUCAGGAUGGACACUUCCAAGCUUCCUAAGAUCCGUGAUGAAGAGCGGGAAAGCGAGUUUGGAUAUGUGCAUGGAGUUUCUGGUCCAGGUCAGUGUCUGCAGUUCCAAUCAAGGAUCCUAUGGCUUUAGUUCAGUGAGCUACCAACGUUUUAAUAGCACCUGGUCAAUUUGGCCUGCUAUUUUCCAAUAUGGCAAAAAUAUUAUCUAUUUAGACUUGACCAUGUAGCCAGACUGCCUGCUACUUUCAAAUAACAUGUUGUCUGUCGUGUGUUUUUUUUGUCUAACCUGUUUAAUCAACAGUGGUGACGGCCACCGCCAUGGCAGGAGCGGCCAUGUACGAGCUGGUGCGUGUGGGCCACAGUGAGCUGGUGGGAGAGAUCAUCAGGCUGGAGGGCGACAUGGCCACCAUUCAGGUCUACGAGGAGACCUGUAUCCUUUCCAGUCAUACCUGCUCUGCUGCUAGACAUACAGUUACUCCCACCUUCACUAACCGUUGACUGUUCACUUACUCUUGUGUACUUCCAUUCUGAUGUAUUCUAACCUGUCCUCUUGUCUGGCAUAUACUAGGCUAUGUUGUUCGUUUUCCUGAAUGUACACCACAGCUGGUGUGUCUGUCGGAGACCCUGUCCUUCGGACAGGAAAGCCCCUGUCUGUAGAGUUGGGGCCGGGAAUCAUGGGGUCCAUCUUUGAUGGCAUCCAGCGGCCCCUCAAAGACAUCAAUGACCUCACUCAAAGCAUUUACAUCCCCAGAGGAGUCAACAUUGGAGCCCUCAACCGUGACCUCAAGUGGGAGUUUACACCUGGCCAGAGUCUUAGAGUAAGAAAACAAUGUAUUUCCUUGUGAGUAAGCAAGGUGUGUUUGAAUGUGUCUCCACUGAAAUAUGAUCCAUCUCCUGAAUCUACAUAUUAUGUUCUCACCCUCCCCCUGUCCAUCUCUGCCUCAGACCGGCAGUCACAUAACAGGUGGGGAUAUCUACGGCACAGUGUUUGAGAACUCGCUGAUCAAACACAAGUUGAUGCUCCCUCCCCGGAGCAGAGGCACUGUCACCUACGUGGCCCCACCUGGAAACUAUGAUGUCAACGUGAGUAGAGCCGGGACGAAACCAGUAUCGCGAUACUCGUUAGUGUUGUGGCAAGGAAACGAAACACGAAUGGGUUUAACUUCUUUAUGAAAACAGCCCCAAUGUUGGAAACAGACAUAAUGAUGUUGUCAUCCAGAGUCACAUUUAUGUACAGUAUUUUCCAAACUAUAGUACAACAAAUGUUACAUACAGCAGGUUUUUAAAGGACCAAAGAGUUUGGUCUGCUUCAUGUUUUAAAUUGCCAUGUAAACAAAUAUUGCCCAUACUGGUAUCAUCACAGCCAUAAGUGUGAGUCACCCCCCACCUACUAACAUCUUUACAGCUGAAUGGCAUAAUGCCAUUGUCUUGUCUCUGUUGUUUGGUCAAUUGUGUCUGUGUUUCGGCAGGAUGUGGUGCUGGAACUGGAGUUUGAGGGUUUGAAGGAGAGGUUUACCAUGAUCCAGGUCUGGCCAGUGCGACAGAUUCGCCCGGUCACAGAGAAGCUACCUGCCAAUCACCCCCUGCUCACUGGCCAGAGAGUGUUGGAUGCCCUCUUCCCGUGAGUAUACACAUCUCUACUUUCUUUUCUUUUGUUUCUACUCACUUUAUAUCCUUUCAUCCUGACCCUUACUUAGACUGAGGCCUCUGACAAGUCACCUGCUUCUGGCUCUGUGUUUGUCUGUGCUCACAGGUGUGUCCAGGGUGGUACUACUGCUAUCCCAGGAGCCUUCGGUUGUGGCAAGACUGUGAUCUCACAGUCGCUGUCCAAGUAUUCCAACAGUGAUGUCAUCAUCUAUGUGGGCUGUGGAGAGCGUGGAAAUGAGAUGUCUGAAGUGUUGAGAGAUUUUCCUGAGGUUAGUGACAGUCUGUGUGUCAAGUUCCAAAUCAUUGACAACAUGUUCAUGAGAUCAGUGAAUUAUUCUACUUGGGUGUCUGGCAUAGCCGAUCACCAGUUUGUGAUGUGUUUUCAGUCUGACAAAUGGUAUUGCUCCCUGCACCAUAGCUUACAAUGGAAGUGGAUGGAAAGGUUGAAAGUAUCAUGAAGAGAACAGCGCUAGUGGCCAACACUUCCAACAUGCCUGUCGCUGCUAGAGAGGCCUCCAUUUACACAGGUACCAGCCGAUCACAUUACAGAUGGAAACCUAGAAAGCUGGUGUCGGCUGUUUUGAAUCAUUAUCGUUGUUGUUGGUAGUUGUAAAUCUGGAAUGUGGGGGGAUUAGUCACCAUUCAUUCUCAUAACCUUGUGGUGACUGGAAUUCUGUGCCUCUGAUUCUGACUGUAUCUACUUUGUGCCACUGCAGGAAUCACUCUGUCUGAGUACUUCAGAGACAUGGGCUACAACGUUAGUAUGAUGGCCGACUCCACCUCCCGGUGGGCCGAGGCUCUCAGGGAGAUCUCAGGACGAUUGGCUGAGAUGCCUGCUGGUGAGUACAAUAAGCCAAUAGCAAUCAAGUAUCUUAUUUUUAAGACUGUUACAGCAACAUGUCUGUCAUUUUGAACCAGUCACAACUCUGUGUGCUGUUUGUGCACAGACAGCGGGUACCCUGCCUACCUGGGAGCCAGACUAGCCUCCUUCUAUGAGCGUGCUGGCAGGGUUAAGUGCCUGGGCAACCCAGAGAGAGAGGGCAGCGUCAGCAUUGUUGGAGCGUGAGUAUUACAACAUUCUACCAGCAGGGGGAACCUCUAUCACCACCCCUGCCUCCUGGCACUAAGGGUCAGACAGGUUCUGUCCUGUACCAGUCCUGGAACACCAGAUACCUGGACCAUGUAGUGUAAUCCUCCUUGGAACAUAUUAUACAGUGAUGGCAGACUGUUGUCUGAAUACCUUGGCCUUGUGUUAUUUCUCCUAGUGUGUCUCCCCCUGGUGGAGACUUCUCUGAUCCUGUUACUUCAGCUACACUGGGUAUUGUACAGGUAAUGCCUCAAUUGUGUAUAUAUUACAAUUUUAGUUUGGACAAUUCAAACCUUUACUCUUCCUACUCCUCAUUACUGUUUUUAUUCUCUAUCGCUAUCUCUCUCUAUUUCUCUCUCUCUCGCUUUCUCCUCUCUCUCGCUUUCUCUUCUCUCUCUUUCUUCUCUCUCUUUCUUCUCUCUUCUUCUCCCUUUCUCCUCUCUCUCUUUCUUCUCUCUCGCUUUCUCCUCUCUGUCUCCUCUCGCUUUCCUCUCUCUCUUUCUUCUCUCUUUCUUCUCUCUCUCUUUCUUCUUUCUCCUCUCUCUCUCUCUCAGGUGUUCUGGGGUCUGGAUAAGAAGCUGGCCCAGAGAAAGCAUUUCCCCUCAGUCAACUGGCUGAUCAGCUACAGCAAGUACACACGGGCGCUGGACGAGUACUAUGACAAGCACUUCCCUGAGUUUGUGCCACUUCGCACCAAGACCAAGGAGAUCCUGCAGGAGGAGGAGGAUCUGGCUGAGAUUGUACAGCUUGUAGGCAAGGUGAGGCUGAACCCGUGCGCGGAAGAGUUAAGGUUAUGGGUUGAUGAUGGCCAUUUAUGCACGCACUAGGCACUUAUUGCUGUCCCCCAUGUCAUCUUAACAACAGGCAUCUCUCGCUGAAACCGACAAGAUCACAUUGGAGGUUGCUAAACUACUCAAGGAUGACUUCCUGCAGCAGAAUGGCUAUACUCCAUAUGACAGGUAAAUGCACACACUGGCACACAUUCAUCUGUGUCAUAAACAUACUAAAAUGACUUAAUCAUCGGUUAUUAAGCACAUAUUGGUUAAUUUAUUGACUUUUCUGCCCUUUUCCCGAAGGUUCUGCCCUUUCUACAAAACGGUGGGCAUCCUUUCCAACACGAUUGCGUUCUACGACUUGGCGCGACAUGCAGUGGAGACCACUGCUCAGAGUGACAACAAGAUCACCUGGUCCAUGAUCCGGGAGCACAUGGGAGAGAUCCUCUACAGACUCAGCUCUAUGAAGUUCAAGGUACAUGCUUGUUCAGCCCCUUUAUCCAUGUUCAUCUGCAUUCAAAAUCAACUUCCUCAAUCCCUCUACCACCUCUGGUCUUUGUACAUCCAAUGUGGGACUUUGUCUUGGAGUGUCAAUGUGCCUCUGUGUCUCCUAACCUCAGUGUCUCUGUGUAACUAUGUUGUUUCAGGACCCAGUGAAGGAGGGCGAGGCCAAGAUCAAAGCAGAGUACUCCCAGCUGCUGGAGGACAUGCAGAACGCCUUCCGUACCCUGGAGGACUGA